AUGAAGCGGCACUCUGAAAGUUGCUCAUGCACUAAUUGCGCUUAUAAAAGUCGUUCAAAGAGACCAUCCGUGCAACAAAUUGUAGCGGAUGGCACGCGAAUUGAUAAGCUCUUUUACGGUAAAUAUUUACCUUUGAGAGAAAGGAAAUUACUCGAGAAAUUGGUUAGAACUCGUGCUGUCUAUGAUAAUGUAAAAGAUCGACUACUUUCUGCCAGUGGAAGUAGUGAUCUCACAAGAUCAGAUUACACUGGUAAAAGUCGAGCAUAUUACAGAAAUAGGAAAAAGAAAAUGAUUGAAGUCACUGAUAGAGGAGAAAUCAGAUCAUCGAAUACCAGCAAACUAAGUAGCUGUUGUAAUUGUUGUUCAUGUAGUUCUCUUAAAAAAAUUAAAGAAAGUAUUGAGAAGCAUCCUCAUGUACAUAAGCAUUACGUACCUUAUGAAAAUAUUGCAAAGUAUAGUAAGAACGAUGAAAUGCGAGCAAAGGCUAGGCGUAGACGAUUGGGUUCGAAGAUAAGUGAAAAAAUGAGAGAUUUGCGUUAUAAAUCCAAAAACAUUCGUUCAGACCCCUGUUUUUGUACAUUAUCUUUGAUAAAAUUUUCAUCUAAAAGGUCAAUUAAAAAACUUAAAUCGAAAGAAGAUGCAAAGAGAAGUAUUGGACCAACAAUAUCAUUUGCAGAAUCAGAAUUAGAACGUAGAAGUAAAGCAGGGCAAAAAUUAAGAAGCAUCCAACAAUCUAUAGUAAACAGUAUAGAAACACGUUUUAAAAUAAAAAAAGAUUCUCUUAGUUUAUUUAGAGCAAAACUUAGAAAACGUGCUAUGAGACGCAGGAGGCACGAUUCAGAGUCUUACACACCGGAGUUUAGACCUAGACGUCGUAGACGAAAAAAGAAAAGCCAUCAUAGACUUUCUGGAAUAUACGUUAAAAGUGUAACUUCUGCAACUUCUAAGCCAAAGUUUAAAACUUCAGCAGUAAAAAUGAAAUCGAAGCGAAAAAUGAGGAAACGGCAUAAAAGUAAAGGAAAAAUGAUGAUAAAUCGAGAAAGUCAAGUCUCUGUUCUCGGUAAAAUUACUAGCAAACCCUCACAAUAUCAGCAAAGAAAAUAUCGUACGUCUUCAAGUAUAACAAAUACAUCAUUGAAAACAAGCUCAAAAUCAGGAGUACAAACACAAAUUAAACCACGAAAAAAAUCUACUACUAAAUAUACUAUAAAUAGUUCAACCCAAUCAAAUUCUUCAGAUUCAUUAAAAAAAAAUCAGACUGAAUUUAGUCUUAGACGUUGUUUUUGUACUCUUAAAUUAAAAAAGAAGAAACGCAAGCUAAGAUCAUCGAUAUCCAAAAAAACAACGUCUUCUUUCUCUACUCAACACUCAGACAAGCGAGACCAUAAUAUGCGAAAUAGACAAACAAAAUCUAUUGUUGGGGAACAUGACAACGUACCUAAGGAAUCACUGGUAUCGCCUACUGAAUGUGAGUGUGAUACAGAAAUGAGAGCACAUCAUCGCAAAGAAAUUAAAAGAAAUAGAAAAUUAACUAAUACUGAGAAGAUCCCCCAGAAAUCUACCACUAGCUUAAUUUUCGAACGCAGUCCUCAUACUCGCCAAGAAAAAACUCAGAGUGAAAAGAGAAAAAUGAAACAUGCGUACGCAAAGGCAGUCGAAGUUCAUAGACCCAGUGUUAAUGAUAUGCCGUCACAGGUAGUUAAAAGUAAUAAAACGAAACCCACCAACACUGAGGCGUUUUGGCACAAAUGUUUUUGUACUCUAAAAUUCUUUAACAAAGAUAGUUCAAAAAAACACUCGGGCAUUAUAAUUCAACCGCAGAAAAAAAAAGAUGUUAUUGUGAGAGUGCAUAGUAGAAUGACAACAAAUCACUUGGAAAAUAUGAAAUACUUUCAUGAACCUUCUAGACUCUCAUCAUUUGAAUGCGAACCUGGUAUUUGCAGUCCAGACCAAUGUAAUCCUCAGGAAUGUAAAAAGUUUAUUAAAGCUCGUCAUGCAAGAUCCAAAAAUAAAUAUUCAGAUACAAGCUCAAAGAAUAUAGUACUUAUUCAUGAAAAUCCAAAACUUUUGCCAUAUGAAUGUGAACCGGGUGUUUGUAUUCCAGGUCAAUGUAAUCCCUCUGAAUGUCAAAAGCUUAUUAAACAUCGUAAUGUACAACACAAAAAUAAAUAUCAAGAAACAAAUAUCGAUACACGAUCAACUUAUAGUGAAAUACCAAGACAGAUAAUUUCUUCGAAGACACAACAAUCUCUAUCUCUAGCAAGAGAAAAGAAAACAAAUAAGAUCAACCAUUAUCCUAAAGAGCCAGAAGAAAAAAUUGGUUCGGGACAUUCUAAUAGAGAAACCGUAAGAAUUGGUUCAAAUAUUAGUUUUAAUAUUGAAUUUUACAAAGAACGCCCUUUAGUUGAUAGUAUCAAGGAAAGUGAUAAUACUUCAAAAGCUAUGAAAAAAGAGACACGGGAAAAGCCCUCCAGGAAACCUAAAUAUACAAGAUCUAGACAGACAGUUAACAUAAAAACAAGAGGGCUCCAAUCAACAACAAAUACAAAGCAUAUAGCAUCAUCGGCUGAACCAAAAACCAAAAAACGACAUGUUUAUGUUGGUUCUCCAAAGAAAACAAAAUGUUUCUGUACUUUAAAACUUCAUAAGAAGGGAAGAAAUGCAAAAAAUAAAGAAAACAUCUUUUUAACCAGCAGAAGUACUAAAACGACCCUCGAAAUGUUCGAACCAGGACUUAACACUUCUGUUAUUAAAAGUACCAAUACCAGUAAAAUUUUCAGACACAAGCUUAAAAGUAAUGAAUGUGCUCCAGGUUUCUGUGUUCCAAAUAAGUGCGAUCCUUACAAAUGUUAUGAUUCUAUUAGAAAUAGAGGUAUGAGAAGAUAUCAUAGUCGACAUAUCGCCACAGGAAGGGAACUAAGAUCAGUGUUAAGCAUGACUUCAACUGAAUUUAGUAGUAGCAACAAAUCAAGAAGUACUCAAUCCAGCAAUGUAGUGCAACCACUGCAAGAACACAGAGUGAAAAAUAGGCCAGAAAAAAUUGAAAGUAACUAUUCACCUUCUCGACAAGCUGUCCGGAUUGGGUCAAAUUUUAGUUUUAAUCUAGGUUUUUAUAAAGAAAAUUAUAAUACAAAUACUCGGGAGAAAACUAUACCAACCAUGUAUAAUACUGUUGGCAAUUUAACAUAUAUUUGUGACAUCAAACCAAUAAGCAUGAAACACAGACAAUAUGUUUCAAAACAUCACUUAUUACGUGCAAGUGAUAUAGUUAAAACAAACGAUAAGGUGCCUAAUGUUGGAAAUAUAUUGAAGAGGUGUUUUUGUUCGCUUAUGCUACAUACUAAAGAUUGUGGUAGAAAUGACUAUAACCCUUGUAGCUUUAAUCCUAAAAUAACACAGCUUACAGAAAUUAUACCAGGACAGAAAUACAAAAAAUCUGUUUGCAAAUUUAAAUCGUUAAAUCCAAUAUGCAUACCAACAGGCAAAUGUAGUGAAAAAUAUAUAUCGGGGCGUGAUCUGCACAUGACUAACAUCAAGUUAAACCGAAAUGAAGGCAUUGUUAAGAUUAAAAGUCAGAAUGGAUAUAAAGCAAAUAAAUGUAGUAAAAGUUCGCAUUCCAGUUAUAAUGACUUUAGAAAAUAUGUUGAAAAUAGUAACAACUCCAUACCAAAAUUGCAACAAUACAGUGAAUAUCAAGUUGAAAAAGUAUUAAAUGAUCCGACACAAAGAAAUACAAAUCCAUUUUAUAACUCUUUUUACGCUUUAAAUUUGAAGGUGUCUCGGGUACGUAAAAUACCACAAGAUCUUGAAGAUGACGAAUGUGAGCCCGAAUUUUGCGUACCAUAUCAAUGUGAUGCAGCUGAGUGCUUAAGAAGAAUAAAAAGUCGCUUAAAGUCGUGGAAGGAAACCGGGACGGAUUCACUCGAUACCACACCAGCCGCAAGUAUGACGGAUCGAAUGCGGUUAAGUCACAACUAUGUUCAAGCGGAUAAGCAUAGCGCAUUGAAAGUUUUUCAUCCUAGAAAAGGAAAGAAACGUUACGGAUCAAACGUCAAAUUAAAUAUGUCAUUUUACACACACUUAGAUGAUACAAACAAAGAACCAGGCAAACGCACAACAAUUCCUCAGUUUUACGAUGCAUACAGAAAUAAAACCGAAAAUGGAAAAAAAAAAGAUUAUGAUAGGCCAGCGCCAACUCAACAGAAACCUUACUAUGGCCAAAACGAUCAUCCACAAAGAGAAGAUAUUAUUUCGUCCAAACACAAAUCACGCAGGAUGCCAUUAAAAAAGUAUGCAGCUUCCAAAUUUAAAUUUCAAGAUAAGCAAAGAGACAUGAUUGAAGCUGCUGGAGAUGGUAAUAAUCAACAACAAAAACUAACCUUUGUACCUAAAUCCCCUCGAAAGCAACGUAAGACAACAAACGUUCAAACGGAAGCUAAAAUUACUAAAUCUAUUUAUGUUGGUAAAGAGCAUAAGUCAAUGAAUAUUGCAACAGACGAUGCGGCCCUUCAGCCUGAAGUAAUAACUGAAUUGAUUCAUUCGAGCAAAUUCCCUAAAAGAAAGAAUAUUGCAAUGGAGAAUGAGAUAAUGGAGUCCCAACCAAUUCAGUAUGGAAAAUCCCGUAAAUCAGUUCAUAUUGCGGAUCCUGAAGUAGUGCCGAAAGUAAUUUAUUCAGGCAAAUAUCAUAGAGCAGUUCAGGUACCAAUGAAUCCCAAUGAAAUACCUAAAUCGGUUUAUAGGGGUAAAUACCGUGAGAAAAUAAAUUCGCCGACAGAACCUGAAGCAUCUAAAUCCUCGUUUUCGAGUAAAUAUCGUAAACAUAUGAAAAUUCGAACAGAUCGUGCAUCUCGUUUAUCUCGUUCAAGGCGCACCAAGAUGCCAGAAGAACUCGAAAAAUUUUUGAUGAAACCUCCACGAAGAAAAGUUUAUACUAUUGGGUCUAAUAUUAACUUCAGUAUGCAGUUUUAUAAAGAGGAUGACUCUUUAGCUGUAGAAAAGGAACAAGAAACAGGACAAACUGAUGCUGGUUCAGGCAUGAUUGAAAAAAUUAGGUGUUUUUGUACAUCAAAGAAAAGAGGCACUCAAGACAUUAAAUCAAAAAAAGAAGGCCAAGGCGGUGACAAAGAGUUAGGUAAAGAAAGCAAGAAAGAAAUCAAAGAACUAGUCAGUAAAGGCACUAAAGAAGAAGUAUCAAAAAAGUCUCGUGAGAUCAAAUCAAAAAUUUUAGGUAUCAAAUCAAAUCAAACCAAAUCAAAUCAAUCUAAAAUGUUAGGUAUGGAGAAGAGUGCGUAUGAAGGUUCACAAAAAAUUGAAAAAAGUGAUUUAGUAGAUGAAAGUCAAAGAGAAUUAGAUCAAAUUUUCAAAAGUGAGCUGGCGAUUGCAAAAAAACCUGACAAGACUAGAACGGAACUUACAAAAAUAAACGAGAAAUUAGAACACAAAGCACCAGAGAAGAUCGAGAAUAUUGAAGAAAAAGUUCCAGUGAAAAUUGAGAAAAGUAAACAAAAAGUUAAAGGUGAACACGAAAUUACAGAGAAUAUCGACAAAGGUGAACACGACGUUUCAGAUAAAAUUAGAGUAAAAUCUAUAUGUAAAUGUAAAAUGCCUGUUUGUACAUGUAAAUUGCCUGUAUGUAAAUGUGAAUCCAAAAAAAAAGAAGGGAGAAAAGAGAAGGAAAAGAAAAUAGAACGUAAAAAAGGACAUAAAAAUAAAAACGCAUUAUGUGAUUGUGACCCGAAAUCUCGGCGUUUACGAAGUAAAUCAACUAAAGUCAGCUACGAUGCGUUGUCAGUAAAGUCAGAUGUUUUGAGUUACGAUAAAAGUACUUUAACGGGAGGAAAACAAUUUACUAGAAGUUUAUACGAAUGCGAACCACACGUUUGUAUACCAGGUAUAUGUGACCCGAAUGUGUGCUUUAAAAUUUUUAAAAGUAAGAGGCCUGUUAAAAAUAUUGCGGUGUCAGCUACACAAGAUGUUAAAUCAAAAUUAGUUAGUACACCUAUUACAUUCCCUUCCAUGCCUUUAGCGGCAUCAGCUAUUAAAAGGUGUUUUUGCAUUUUACAAUUAAAGAAUAAACCAGCGCAACAUAUGAUCGAGAAGUCUAUGACUCCUAAAAAACAAAAAAAAGAUAUUCAACGUCCUGAAGUACAAAAUUUUUUACGUAAAAGUUUUGGCAAAGUAAGUACACUACUCACAAAACCAAAAAUUUCAAGGCCAAAAGCUGCACUUAAGUUAGAAGCCGAGAACGUUCAGUUACUAAAACAGGGUAUGGAUAUGAAACCGGCUGUUCCGGAAUAUGCGUUUGACGGCUCCAAAUUGCCAGAAGUAAGUAGUAAGAAAAGGAAACGUCAUAUUUGUAAAUGUCACAAAAAUACUAAAGGAAAGACGGUAUGUGAAUGUGUGCAGGAAUAUCUAGAUAGCAGUAAAUAUCUGCAACCUGAACUUCCUGAUAGUUACCAACAGGAAAGAAUUGAAACACCUCCUCACAAAGUAGCUAAAUCUAUGAAAUCCAAAGCAUCAUUAGGCCGCCAAGAUAAACCGAAGCUUAAGAAAAUAGAUCAGAAAUUGUCCCUGAAGUCCAAAUAUGUGAAACGAGAUGGUUCUGAAACAAUUACAAAAGAAGCUGCAAUACCUCAAACUAAAGUUAAAUUAGGACAGCAACCUAUAUGUAAAUGUAAAAAACAAGUUCUUCACAAGUCAGUUUGUAAAUGUCAGCUACAAGCAAUGGAUGAUUCUACAGCACUAGAGCCGGAAACUCCUCUUACGGAUACAAGUGAGGAAAAAAAAUUAUUCCUUCAAAAAAUUAAAUCGAUACCGCCUAGGUUAUCUCAAUCUCUUAAAUUAAAAUUAGCAGGCAGUAUCAAAAAGAGAGAUAAAACUAAACCACGCCAACCUUCUGAAUUAAAAGUUGAAAAAACAAUUUCGGAAUUACGUAAAAGUAAAAGUGUGAGACGUAAGGAUGAAAAAGUAAAAAAUAAUGUUAUUUGUGAAUGUAAGACUUGUAAAUGUGCACUAGAGGAAUUUCUAGAUACAGAGUCUUCUAAAACAGAUUUAGAUACUAAAAAAAAGAAGCUAAGCUAUAAAAAUAUUCCUCUUAGGAUUUCUAAAUCCUUAAAGCAUAAGUCUUUGAUAUUAAGCACCAAGAAAACAGUAAGACCUAGUAAGAUUAAACAGGAAAUUCCAAAAAAGCCUACACCUCAAAGAGCUAUGUCUACUGAUGUUAAUACACUCAAAUCUGAAGCUUCUAGUAUAUCGAUUGACAAGCAGAAGAAAAGUAAAUCUAAAAGCCAGAAGCAGUCGAAAAGAAAGAAAGGUAUAUCAAUAUGCACAUGUAAAGAUAUACCAAUAUGCAUAUGUAAAGGUAUAUCAAUAUGCACAUGUAAACCUAUUAAGGAGCACAAAUCCUUAAAAUCUAAGUCUAUUUUAUUGGAACCCCGUAAACUUGAUAAGAUUAAACAGAAAAGUUCCAAGGGGCUCAAGACUAAAUCUUACGAUUCAAACACUGCGACAAUCACAAAGAAAACUAAAUCCAAAACAGGAACAAUCCAAGAGGAACCUGAACUUUAUAAGUCAACUGAAAAAUUAGGCAAAGUAAUCUGUGAAUGUCAACUUCAUAAUUUUGAUGAUUUAGAGGAAGAAACCACUGAUGCAGAAAAUUUAAGGAGAGGGCAGAGUAUUAUUAAAGCAACUAGAAGAAUCUCUCGAUCUCUAAAAUCGCUAAAGUCUCCUUCGUUAGGACUUAGCCUUAAGAAGCAACCGAAUAAGCCGAAAAAACAGGAAAUUGAUUCAGCGUCAGAAACUGAACGUCCUUCUAUAUAUAAGAAAAAGAAAGGUGAAUUCAAACAAGAUAACAUUUGUGAAUGUCCACUGCAAGAUUUUAAUGAUUUAGAGGAAGGGACUACUGAUACAGAAAAGGUAAGCAGAGGGCAGAGUAUUAUUGAAGCAGCUAGAAGAAUCUCUCGAUCUCUAAAAUCCCUAAAGUCUCCUUCGUUGGGACUUAGCCUUAACAAGCAACCGCAGAAUAUAUAUAAGAAAAAGAAAGGUAAAAUUAGCAUAGAGGCGGCGUCUCAAUCUGCAGAAACCGAAUCAAUGAAGAAAAAGCAUACAAGCAAAGAAUCAAAGCACAAACCACACUUUAUCUGUGAAUGUUACCCAAAAAAAUCUGAGCCGACUGAUAAAGGUGUAAUUUCUGAACCUCCUUCUCCAAUCUCGCCACUCGGCGACUUAGCAGCCGGAGACACAAAAUCUAAAUCUAUGAAGCCAGCACUUGGCGACCAAAUCGUACAAGGUCUUCCUAUAGAGACUAAAGCAGCGGGUGACCAAGAGCUCAAAGAAGUGGCUAAAGGAACAAAAAGGAAACGUAAAUCUAAGAAGAUUGAACAGCCUGCUACUCUUGCUGUGUGUCCCUGCUGUGGCAAAAGUAAUCAUAUCCAAUCCCUAAAAUCUCAGCCCCAAACUGUAUGUGAAUGUAAUAAAUCUGAUACCAGCUUUUUUAAAUGUCUACGUAAAAACAAAAAAUCUCCACCUGGACCUAUGAUACCUGAUCUGGAAAAUGCAUGUCCUGUAUGCUUAAGACAAAACUUAACUGACAUUUGUACCUGUGGUCUUUCUAAUGAGAGAAAGGAUGUUUAUCUCCCCGCUACCCAUUUGCAAAACGUUUGCCCUGAAUGUUCAAAGAAAAAGUUAGCUGAGGCUUUGCAAGAAGCUAGAAGCAAGCCUCCUCAAGCAUCUAGUCGUAAAAGUUAUUCUGGCGAACCCAAUGUUCGUACCAAAAUUGAAAGUCAGAAAAAAACAAAAAACAAAGAUGAACCACCACCCCCACCGCCAAUCUUUAGUAUGUAUGUUGACGCAACAAAUAUGAAGGUGAAAAACAAAGAGGAAAUAUAUCGCAAUUUAGGAAUUGGUUGCAAGGACAAGCUCGAAGGUUGCUACCUCCCACCUCUUCAAAAAGGUCAAGUAGCCAAACCAUCAAUCGAUUUGGUAAUAGAUAGAGAUAAUGCUAGUAUUUUAAGGCCUGAUGAUAUGAUGCAGUCAUUUGGAGAUGGCGAUAGAAGAAAAUACAGUAUUCCGAAAAAAGGAGAGACAAAGCAAAAAGCAGGAACAAGCCACUCAGUCGCUUGUCCAAUUUGCAAUCCAUUACAAGUUGGGGGAGAUGCCACUAAGAGCCAAGUAGAUGGAAAACAAGAUAAAGAACAUGAUAAACAUUGUACUUGUUGUAUUUGUACGGAUAAGGACGGUAAACGUAAAAAAGGGCACCCUAAAAAUUGCACAUGUUGUAUUUGUCGUUAUGGAUGUCGUUUCGGCUCAACGCGUCGGGCAACUGAUUCCCCUGACGCAGAAUCUUUGAAAUUUCUUGAUAAAAGUCAACUCUUGAAAUAUGAUGAAAAGCAAAAGAAAAAAGUAGAACCGCCCAAAAAAAAACCAGAAGUAAAAAAAAAAGUUAUGCCUGUAACUCUACAGGCUCAAAAUAAACUUCGAAAUUUUACUAAAGCUUUACAGGCACCUAGAUCAUGUUACUGUGGACUUCGAAUAUGCGAUAGAGAAAUAAAAAAACUGGAGACAAAAGCUUCUUCUGGAUUGCAAGGUGAGAUACCUCCCCCUUGUGUGUGUGGCAGCUACAUCUGUAAAAAAAGAUAUACAAAAAAAAACAAAUACUACAGAUUGUUAGAAAAAAAGAAAUCAAAGGAUGAAAAACAUAGAAAGGAAACUUUCCAAAGAUGGAAAAAGGAGGCAAGAGCUCGAAUAAAAGAACAAGAUGCAGAAGAUGCUGAAUUGCGGAAAAGAGUAUUACGUCAAGAUAAAAAGGCCAUGGCAGUACUUGAAAAGUACAUAGAUGAUAGUAAUAGUUGGGUUUUGUUAGCUGAGAAUGCUUCUGAAAUUGGCAGAUUUGGCAUUAAUACAAUGCGCCGUAUGAUUACGAGUUUCAAAAGAUGUGUUCGUCAUCCCUUAGAUGUAUGUUAUAGAGCACAGAUAGCUCGUGAAGAUCCACGUCGGGCAGCAGCUAAAGCGUUGGAAGAAUUUCAAGGUAGUGGAUAUAGCGGAAUGGCAGCGAGAGUCAGACAAAGAUGUGCCGCCAUGCAAACGUCUAGAUACCUGAUAUCAGCAUUGGAAAGACAUCCAGUCACAAAUUAUUUAUUACAUUUCCGAGAUAGAGAUCCAAAAAAACGACUAUUUAAAAGAAAACCAGAGAAAGAACCACCAGAAGUUGAAUGCAGUCCUUUUCUGACAUCUCUACGACAAAAACCAUGUCUGUGGUUAUAUCGCCUUUGCCCUUGGUUUUACCCACACUGUUUGGGUCUACUGGCUUUUUGGAGACAAUUCACUGAUGUAGUUUUAUUUUUACUAGCUGUUGUAGUAUGGAGCCCCUGUAUCUUGCUAACGGAGUUUUGUAGAACUGUUAUGUGCUGUUUCAUGUGUGCCGGUGGAGGAUAA